AUGUCGUUGCAAAUGUAUAAUCAUGAGAAAUCCACCGCGCCAGUUGGACUACCUCCCUUACUGUAUCCUCAUAUCUGCUCUACUCUUCGAUUUGCUUUUUAUUUGACUUUCACAGAAUUGAACGGUAUUUUUAAUGAUCAGAGAAAAAGAUAA